AUUCAUUGGUUCAUCUGUCGGAAUUUGGAAGGAAAAAUUAGUUUCAGUUAUCCAAAUCGGCGAUGAAAUGAAGCAUUUUGCGAUUUCCAGAGCUAUUCUCUUCUCCAGCCUUUGUUUUUGAGGACAGUUUAUUUGUUGGAGUGAUGGGCUGCGUGUACUCGAGAGCUUGCAUCGGCGGGAUUUGCGUGCCGAGGGAUGCAAGAAUCAAAGAGCCGCAAAGCGCGAGGCCAAACGCGGCAGAGAUUGCCGUUUUCUCACCCGCAUCUUCGAACGACGGUGACGAAACCAGAGACCAAAUCCAUUCUCAGUUAAGCUUGAACCUAGAUGGUGACCCGGAGCUUGGCAUCAGACGCCUCUCUAGGGUCUCAGCCCAGUUCCUCCCGGCGGACGGUUCUCGAACGGUUAAAGUUCCGUCGGGCAAUUACGAGCUUAAGUAUUCUUACUUGUCUCAAAGAGGUUACUAUCCAGAUGCUUUGGAUAAAGCUAAUCAAGACAGUUUCUGUAUCCACACUCCGUUUGGAACAAAUCCUGACGAUCAUUUCUUCGGCGUUUUCGACGGUCACGGUGAGUUCGGAGCUGAAUGUUCGCAGUUCGUCAAAAGGAAACUAUGCGAAAAUUUGUUAAGAAAUAGUAAAUUCCAAGUCGAUGGCGUCGAAGCUUGCCAGGCCGCGUAUUUGACUACGAACACACAACUGCACGCCGAUAAUUUGGAUGAUGGCAUGAGCGGAACGACGUCUAUAACAGUUUUAGUUCGUGGUCGAACGAUAUACGUGGCGAAUUGUGGUGAUUCGAGAGCAGUUAUAGCGGAGAAAAGGGGGAAAGAAAUCGUGGCUGUUGAUUUGUCGAUUGAUCAGACGCCUUUUCGUGUUGAUGAGCUGGAGAGAGUGACGCUAUGUGGAGCGAGAGUGCUUACAUUGGAUCAAAUUGAAGGGUUGAAGAAUCCGGAUGUGCAGUGUUGGGGAACAGAGGAAGGCGACGAUGGUGAUCCUCCCAGGCUGUGGGUGCCGAAUGGGAUGUAUCCUGGAACUGCUUUUACGAGGAGUAUUGGGGACUCCAUUGCUGAGACUAUUGGCGUUGUGGCAAAUCCGGAGAUUGUUGUGUUGGAGCUUACUGAAAAUAAUCCUUUCUUUGUGCUUGCUAGUGACGGGGUUUUCGAGUUCCUUUCUAGCCAAACUGUGGUUGAUAUGGUCGCAAAACACAAUGAUCCUCGUGAUGCUUGUGCUGCAAUUGUUGCUGAAUCUUAUCGACUUUGGCUUCAGUAUGAAACUCGAACUGAUGAUAUUACUGUGAUAGUUGUGCAUGUUAAUGGACUAGUUGGAGUUGGUGGUGAAUCUGCUCCUGCUUCUAUUUUACGGCCUCCUGUUCCUCAAGUGUCUGAGACAAACGGAUCAGAAUCUCCUUCAACCAUUAGCUUGAGCUCUAGGAACCAACAAGCAAGGCAUGACUUAUCACGGGCUCGUGUUCGUGCUAUUGAGAGUUCAUUGGAGAAUGGGCAAGUCUGGGUUCCACCACCCCCUGCUUUCAGAAAAACUUGGGAAGAAGAAUCACAUAUAGAGCGGGCAUUGAAUGACCAUUUCCUCUUCAGAAAACUAACUGAUUCGCAGCGUCAUGUUUUAUUGGAUUGCAUGCAAAGAGUUGAGGUCCAACCAGGGGAUAUUGUGGUUAAACAGGGUGGUGAAGGUGACUGCUUUUAUGUUGUGGGAAGUGGAGAAUUUGAGGUCUUGGCAACCCAGGAAGAUAAAAAUGGAGAGUUGCCAAGGGUUUUGCAGCGGUAUACAGCUGAGAAGUUAUCAUCGUUCGGUGAGCUGGCACUGAUGUACAAUAAGCCUCUCCAAGCCUCUGUGCUUGCCGUAACAAGUGGAACUCUUUGGACCCUAAAACGAGAAGAUUUUCGUGGAAUUUUGAUGUCCGAGUUUUCUAAUUUGUCAUCCUUGAAGUUGCUUCGCUCUGUUGAUCUUCUAUCGAGGUUGACAAUUUUACAGCUGAGUCAUGUUGCAGAUUCUCUUUCUGAACUUUCCUUCUCUAAUGGGCAGACCAUAUUUAAUAGGAAUGAGGGCCUUUCAGCAUUGCACAUUAUCCAGAAGGGUCACGUGAGGAUUACUUUUGACGGGGAUUUGUUAAGAAGCCCAAAUGUCUUUAGUCUCAAGUCUGAUAACCCCAAAGAGGAUGAUGAUCAGCAGACUGGUAAAGAACUGUCUGUUGAAAAGACAGAAGGAAGCUAUUUUGGGGAAUGGACACUUCUUGGCGAGCGGAUGGGUUCUUUAAAUGCGGUUGCAGUGGGUGAUGUUUCAUGUGCUGUUUUGACGAAGGAGAAGUUUGAUUCAGUCGUGGGACCUUUAACGAAGCUUUCACCAGACGAUCAGAAGCCUAGAGACUAUUCUUUAGAUGCGCCAAAGGAUUCUUCCAAAGAAAUUGAUAUUUCAAAUCUUGCAAAAGUUGACCUCUCUCAAUUGGAGUGGAGAACAUCUUUAUAUUCCACCGACUGUAGUGAGAUUGGGCUUGUACUUGUAAGAGACUCAGAAAAAAUCCUUAGUUUGAAGAGGUUUUCAAAGCAGAAGGUAAAAAAACUAGGAAAAGAAGCCCAAGUUUUAAAGGAGAAGGAUCUGAUGAAGAGCAUGAGCUCUGCAGCUUGCAUACCUCAGGUCUUGUGCACUUGUGCUGACCAAAUGCAUGCUGGAAUGCUGUUAAAUACCUACCUUGUCUGCCCGUUGUCUUCUAUACUUCGCACCCCUCUAGAUGAACAAUCAGCACGGUUCUGUGCUGCAUCUGUUGUUACCUCUUUAGAAGAUCUACACCAGAAUGGUGUCCUUUACAGAGGAGUGUCUCCAGAUGUUUUGAUGUUGGACAAAACUGGCCAUUUACAGCUAGUUGAUUUCAGAUUUGGGAAGAAGUUAUCUAGCGAGCGAACAUUUACAAUUUGCGGGAUGGUAGACUCUUUAGCACCAGAGGUAGUUCAGGGAAAGGGCCAUGGUCUUCCUGCUGACUGGUGGGCCCUGGGAGUCCUAAUCUAUUUCUUGCUUCAAGGUGAAAUGCCAUUUGGAUCGUGGAGAGAAAACGAGCUUGAUACAUUUGCAAAGAUUGCAAAAGGACAGUUUACUCUGUCACAGAAUUUAAGCCCUGAAGCUGUUGAUCUAAUCACCAAGUUGCUUGAAGUUGAUGAAAAAGAAAGACUGGGAAGCCAUGGUUCCAUUAACGUUAAAAAUCAUCCGUGGUUUAAUGGUGUUGACUGGGAAGGAAUCAGAGACCAAAGCUUUCCCGUUCCUCAUGAGUUAACUUCUCGUAUAGCUCAACAUUUAGAAACUCGUAAUGAGGAGUGCCCUGUUUCUGUUACUUCCCCGCCUCAAGAUAUAGCAGAGCUCAAUGUUCCGGAGUGGCUCGAUGAGUGGUAGAAGAAUGAUCUAUGUGGUUAUUCCUCCAGUCUACAUUUCUGCCAACAGUUUGCUUGUUGAGUUCCAUUCAAUGUGCUGAAAUUGACCGUUGGAUUAUCAGAAGCUGGAUUAGAGAAACCAUUGCAAUAAGUCAAUUGUAAAGUUGCGGGCCUUAGAUUGCUCAUAUAAUUCUGUGAUUUUUUUAAUAGUCUGCUGCCAAUUUAGCCGUCUAACCAGUUUAGUGGAUAGCUGAGUUACUAGGUUUUUAUUUUAAAAUCUCGAUUUUUUACAUAUUUCCCACUUUUAAAUAUAGGUAAACGAGAGUUCCUUGUACCUCAAGCUUUCUGCUUCACUUUACCGGUGGCAGUAGUAGAUAAUCAAUUGGUUUUGGCAUUUUGGGUCAUUAUAGAUGUACGCAUAUUGAUACAACAUAUGAUAUGUUGAUUGACAUCUAUUAUUCCUCUUGCAAAGUUAUUC